UUGGAUCGAAGAAAUUUUCCCGUUCUCCAGCAAAGUAAACGCGUUUUGGUGCAAAAAAUCGGCGUGCAAUAGUUUGUUUCUUGUGUUUGAUCGGAAAAGAAAACAACCUUCCUCGUCAUCAUGAACGCAUUUGGCGAUAACUUCGAGCAGUCGGAAGUGGACCCGGCGGCAGAGUUUUUGGCCCGCGAACAGAAUGCCCUCGCUGGACUGGAGGACGAAAUUCCGCCCGUGGCUGGUGCUGCAACGACGGACACGAAUGGUUCCAUCGAUGGUGAUCCCGUGCCGAAAUCAGAAUCGACAGGACUCGAAAACGAGCUCAAUGGAAGCUUUGAAAUGAUCAGUAAUGCCGAUGCGCAAGAUCCGUCCACUACUGCCGAUAAUUAUCACAACACAGAAGAUGAUAAUGAUGAUUUUGCAGGCUUCACAGUGCCGAAGCAGGUAACAGAGGAACCGGAAAAGAUACGCAAGUGGCGCGAAGAUCAGAAGACCCGGCUCGAGGAGAAAGAUCGCGAGGAAGAGCGUAAGAAGGAUGAAUUGCGCGAACAAGCUCGCAAGGAACUGGAAGAUUGGUACAAACAUCACGAGGAAACGAUCUCGAAAACGAAAGCCGCCAAUAGGGAAUCGGCCAAGAACGCUGAAAAACAGUUCGUGGCCGAGACAGACGAAAUCGAACCGGGUACCGAAUGGGAACGGAUUGCCAAACUGUGUGACUUUAACCCGAAGACGAACAAAUCGAGCAAAGACAUCUCUCGUAUGCGUUCCAUCAUUUUGCAGCUUAAGCAAAACCCGAUUCAGGCUACCAAGAAGGUUUAAAUAGGGCCUGAGGCGACGAACGCUCUCCGGCAUGGUACAUCCCUUUUGGCACAGCAUCACCAACUUUACGCUUCCAGUGAGGCGUUAAGUUGGUAGUAAAGUGUUAUUAGAACAUUCUUUUUCAUUAGAAAACUGCGCGGUGCAAUACUGCUAUAAGGAAUGAAAGAUGAACUGGUGGGCAAGAGAGAGAUUCAGGUUAAGCGAGAAACCUUAACAAUACAUAUAACAAUAAUGGAAUUAUUGAGAUAAUAUAAAUAGUAAUUAGACGGAUAUAGCAUCACCGAUAUUGCAGGAUUAAUAACACUAUCGAUGCAUGCCGUGUUGAUGCUAUUAUUGAGCGAUGUGCGAAAAGAAUAUAAUAUGGUAUAUAUUAUACGCUGUAUAAGUAACAAAUUGACGAUAAAUACAAAAUUCCUCUCACGUUAGGUCAUACACAUGCGUAAACAAACACGAAACAUUCAUAUGCGACAAAGCCGUUAGUGUUAAAGAGAUGAGAAAUGAAAAUAAACGGAAAUC